AUGACACUUCUCAGCAACAUCAGCCCCCCUCUCAUCCCUGGGUCACUGUCACAGCAGAUGUCUGUCUUGGACCUCUUUCUUCCUGGGUUUACCAAUAUCACCACUGCGGCAAGUCAGGUCCUCAGUGGCAACUUAACUGGCUACACUCAAUUGAUGUGCCUAUUUGCACUGGCCGCGUUUUUGAAGCCCUAUGUGUCCCAAUUGAAAGAUUGGUUCCUUCAGCAUUGCACAUCAACAAUCUAUAUCAAAUCUUCGGAUGAAACAUACCACAUGGUCCAGACCUGGAUCUCAUCUCAAGGAUUGGAUGAUACCGCCCGUUCUAUUCUCGCUAAAGUCAAAACCAAGCAAAAUCCUACCCAAGGACAUGACCCCCACGCUAAAAAAGCUCUCCGAUAUGCCCCUUGGGAAGGCUCCUUUGUCUUCUGGUACAAGCACAACUUGCUCUACUAUCAGACUACACAAGUGGAUGUUGGUUUCCACAAAGAAGAGCAGAUCUCCAUCACCUGUGCUGGGCGAUCUGGAAUCUUGAGAGAACUUCUAGAAGACUGUCGACGUGGAUACCUUAAUGAAUCAAAGAAUAAGACGACCAUCCACGGACAUCGCGAUGAAUACUGGAGAAAGGAGAAAGCAGUGGCUGCUCGGCCUCUGUCGACAGUCAUUCUUGAUGAAAAGCAAAAGGACGACCUGAUUAAGGACAUUCAAAACUUCCUCAAUCCUGAAACUAGACACUGGUACUCCCAACAUUCAAUUCCCUACAAACGAGGAUACCUCUUGCAUGGGCCGCCUGGUACUGGGAAAUCCAGUUUCAGUUUGUCAAUUGCCGGUGAAUCAGAUAUGGAUAUCUACGUCGUCAGCAUUCCCGAUGCAAACGAUCAAAUGCUAAAAGGCCUAUUAGGAUAG